CGGAGAGCGGGCAAUCAAAAAUCCACUUGACGUAAAGGUAUCACCAACUCCAAUUGCUUUGCUCUGACAUCAACUCGCCUGCCGUCUACCAUCCCGAUUACUGCUACGAUCACCCUGAAUACCAGAAUUCCGAGCCACACACCAUGUCCUCCGAAAAGAGACCUGCGUCCGAUGACCCCAGCGGGGGCCAGCUCGUCAAGAGACCCAACCUGGGCUCGAGUCGCGCCCUCACGAGGACCAGCGCGACUGGCAGCAGCGGUGACCUUAUCCAGACAGCGCCCCGUACGAGCAGCCUCCAGGCUCCGGUGAUGGAGCUGUCCGGCCACUCGGGCGAGAUCUUUGCGGCCAAGUUCGACCCUACUGGCAACCUUAUAGCUUCUGGUUCCAUGGACCGUACCAUCAUGCUCUGGAGAACCUAUGGCGACUGCGAAAACUACGGUGUCCUCAACGGCCACAAGGGUGCCAUUCUCGACCUCCAAUGGUCGCGCGACUCCGAGAUCCUCUUUUCCGCCUCCGCCGACAUGCACCUUGCCAGCUGGGACCUUACAUCAGGCACAAGGAUACGGCGCUAUGUCGGACACGAAGAAAUCGUCAACUCACUUGACAUCUCGAGACGCGGCGAGGAUCUGCUCAUCAGCGGUAGCGACGACGGGACGAUUGGCAUCUGGGAUCCGCGAACCAAGAACGCCGCCGACUACAUCGAGACCGAUUUCCCCAUAACCGCCGUGGCCAUGUCGGAGGCCGGUAACGAGAUCUACUCGGGUGGAAUUGACAAUGACAUCAAAGUCUGGGAUGUGAGGAAGAAGGCCGUCGUGUACUCGAUGAUUGGACACCAGGAUACUGUCACCACAUUGCGGGUGUCGCCAGAUUCACAACAGCUGCUCUCGUACGCCAUGGAUUCGACAGCGAGGACAUGGGAUAUCAGGCCGUUUGCUCCUGCGGAUAGGCACAUUCGCACCUUUGAUGGCGCGCCGCUGGGUAUGGAGCAAAACCUCAUCAAGGGAAGCUGGGACAAAGAUGGCAAGAAGAUUGCGGUGGGCGCGGGUGAUGGCACCGUGGUCAUCUGGGGUAGUGACACUGGCAAGCUUUUGUACAAGCUUCCGGGCCACAAGGGAACGGUCAACGUAGCCGAGUUCUCUCCCGGCACUGACCCUCUUAUUCUCUCUGCGUCGUCCGAUAGGACCAUGCUGCUCGGCGAGCUGAAGUGAGGAAAGAACAUGUACAUGGGCCAGCUCAUGGGGCUCCCCUCAAAAAAUGAGGAUUUUUCGCACCCAAACCCGGGGAAUCCCAUCAUCUGUUGCAGUCUAUGGCAAAAAUCACCAUUAGCCGUACAGUUGCGUGCAAGAUAUUGCCGGCUCCAAGCUUGCUGCUAGCAAGACGUCAUGGGCUGGAGGCCGGUGAAUUGGGAAGAAAGAGUCUGGAAUUGGAUAAGGUUACAACGCUGGUGUAUCAGCGCACCCCGCUAAUGUCACAAAAGGAACAGGUCGAGGGACGCAUGGCGUAAGGAGUUAUUGACAAGUUGCAUUCAUAAUUUACAUACAACUAGAUACCCAGCCUGAAUGGAACUGGACGAAGCUCAAGCAAGAAUACAUGGCUCAACUGAGAGGCUAGACAACAAGGGACUGGAUUUAUUUGCGUCCACUGGCAACGUUGACCUUUAUUUACUCGAGGACGGCGAGCUCUGGGCGCAUGGCAUUCUUCAACUGCAAUCCCUAUGGCUCGACAAUCUAUCUGCCUCGGUUCACCGCGCUGAUGUAGUGCACAACCCAUCUUCUGGCUCUAAGGCUCCCUCAGUCUGCCCAUCAACCAAUCUGAAACGAGCUUUGGCACUCCCCAACGUGCGCCUGAAACGCCUCACAGCCCCGACCGUCGGUCGCCCAGUGGCCGUGGCAGUUUGGCCCUAAAGACUUGGACAAGAACUCCCAGCCAAUCAUUUGCCGCUCGACUUGCC